AUGGCGUCCAUCAAUUCCCUCGUCAGCAGGCGAGCAGGCAAUCGUGGUGCUGUCACGAGAUUACUACCGAAAAUACAAGCUAUCAUCGACGAUCGACUCAUGGAAAAAGAACGCAAAAUUCACGAGCUGAAUAGAAAAUUGAUGGAUCUCCACAACAAAAUCAAAACUAUUGAAGCGUUGGACGAUGAAAUUCAAGGAGCCAUCGGUGAAGACGAGCUGGAGGCGGAAAUUGAUAACUCUUGUUCAGCCAACUCCAUUAUCAAGGAUGCCUUAGAUGCAGGUGAAUACGCACUCGAAGAGCUGCGAAAGGUAGCAAUCGACGAUCAGAUCGCCCUCAACGCGGUAACAGUUCCCUUGGCCCCCCACGCGCCAAUCGCUACAACAAUAGCUGUUCCUGAUUCAAGCAACCUGCCGAAAUUUAACUUGCCCGAGUUUGAUGUCGAAGUCCAUAACAAAACUAAAUACUCUGAUGCUACUAAGUUUAAUUUCCUAAACUCUCGCUUGACCGGUGAAGCCAAAGCUCUACUGAUGGGUCUCACACCUAACAACGCCAACCAUCCAAAGGCUGUAGAUCUGUUAAAGAGCGUUUCGGACAACCGCACAAGAUCAUCAUGGCUCACAUGCGCGCUUUUAUCUCUACCGAAACCGGGAUUGGACAAGACAAGUUUGAGACGAUUCGUGGAUAAUCUAGAGGCAAACAUACGCGGACUUGAAGCACUAGGGAAAGGAAUGGAUUCGUAUGGUGAUUUGCUCGUUUGCAUCUUACUGGAUAAGUUAACCGCAGAUCUACGUCGCAACUUAGCAAGACAACACGGCGCGAUCGAAUGGACAUUGGAAGAACUAAGGAAUGCCAUGAAAAAAGAAAUUGAAAUUUUAGAAGACUCAACAGAUCAUUCCAUCAUUAAACAUUCAGAAUCGAACAAGCAAGCCGGUGUCAUGUUUACAAAAACAUCGCGAGUGGAAACCGAACGAAAACGAAUUAAGCAUUGCGCCUACUGUACAGGAAACCAUUUUCCCACAGACUGUAAUAAUGUAGUCACAACCGAGGAAAGAUACACUAUCGCUCGUGGUAAACAUCUAUGUUUUAACUGUCUACGAUCCCAACAGUCAACAAACAACGAGUGUCCAUCCAAAUUUCGGUGCCGCAUAUGUCAAAAGGCUCAUCACACUAGUUUACAUUCAAACAGCCGACACGGUAAUUACACAAAUUCAUCUACGAGACCAAGGGUUGAAACAAACACUACCAUUUUAUCUUCAAAUCCCACAACCGUGGCCCUAACUGCAAACGGAUCUCGCAAUUCCUUUGCAUCACAAUCUUUCGUCUUGCUAGAAACAGCAGUUGUGCCCAUACAAGCCAAAGGUGUCACAUUAAAAGGCAAUGUUCUAAUCGACAAAGGAGCACAACGAUCGUUCAUCACUACGGAGCUCGCGAAGAAACUACAACUCAAAACGCUAUUUCGUGAAAAUCUAGUGUUAGUCGGUUUCGCUGCUGCUUCAUCUAAUGCAGAAAUCUACGAUGUCGUGCAAGUAUCAUUCAGAGACAUCAAUGGCUGUCCCAUUGACAUACAAGCUAUCGUCAUCAAUCACAUAGUCGAUCCACUGGAUGACCCUCAUAGGGCCUUAAUCGGAAACCUACCUCAUCUGCGAAAUUUGCAACUCGCACAUCCAGCAUCAAUGGAAUCUCAGUUCCGAAUCGACAUCCUCAUAGGAGCAGAUUAUUAUUGGGACAUCGUUAGCGACAAGAUAGUGCGUGGGCAAGGCCCCACAGCUGUAAGCUCGAAGCUCGGAUAUCUCUUAUCUGGUUGCGUAUCGAACCUACACGUAAACAACUCUGAUCAAACGGCAAUGCUAAACGUGUCCGUGGAAGAAAAAUUUGACAUUUCGAGACUUUGGGAUCUAGAAAUGCUGGGUAUUCAACCAGAAACAGAAGCCAUGGACAUCACCAGUGAGUAUCAGAACAACUGCAUCGAAUUCAAACAAAACAAAUAUCAAGCUCGUCUGCCAUGGAAGACAGAUCAUCCUACUCUCUCAUCCAAUCAAUUCGUAUGCGAACGCCGAACUCGUAGCAUGAUAAAGCGACUUGGGAAAACGCCUAGCAACUUACAAUUAUAUGAUUCCACUAUCCAACAACAACUGGCAAACGAAUUUAUUGAAAAGGUACCGCAUCACGAAAUCAACAUCAAGAGCGGAUGUCACUACGUACCACAUCAUGGAGUAAUCAAAGAAUCAACAACAACUCCUCUCAGAAUUGUUUACGAUUGCUCCUGCAAGACUUACAAGGGUGUCAGCUUAAAUGAUUGCUUGAACGUUGGACCUUCUCUACAAAACAACAUGUUAGAAAUCCUUCUACGUUUUCGAACACACAACAUCGGUCUCGUCGCUGAUAUCGAGAAAGCGUAUCAUCAGAUACUACUACACGAAGCAGAUCGAGAUUUUCUCAGAUUCUUUUGGAUCAAGGAUGGAAAGGACCCAAAUUCAGAGUUCGAAACCUAUCGUUUUCGAGUAAUACCAUUUGGAGCAAGUAGUUCGCCAUUCAUUUUGCUGUCGGUGAUCAAAAAGCACUUGGCAGAAUCCUCAUCUAAAAUCGCCAUUGACAUGGAUCAAAACAUUUACGUAGACAACUUAAUUUCCGGAUGCGAAACAGAAAAGGAAGCUCAUCAAUACUACAAUCAAGCAAACGCCAUUAUGAAACAAGCAGGCCUGAAACUACAAGAGUGGGCAACAAACAACAGAGCGGUACAAACAACAAUCAACCUCGACGAUGAAAGAGACAAGAAUUCCUUCAUCAAAAUCCUUGGGUUAAGAUGGUCUCGAUCAAAUGACACACUCAUGUUACCGAAGUUCUACUUGACCACUCCAAAUGCUACAACCGUAACGAAAAGAAUCGUUCUUCGUAAAAUUUCAACUGUUUACGACCCGAUGGGUUUCAUCUCACCAUUAACAAUCUCUGCACGGAUCCUGAUUCAAGAAAUUUGGAAAUUGAAACUACAGUGGGAUGAUCCGUUGUCGCCAGAGAUGCAGGAACGGUGGAAUGGAAUCACGCAAGCCAUCGAAAAAUCGAAUACCGAAGUUCAAGAACCUACCUCACCACAGGACUCAUCACAGAAAUACACAUCUUCGUGGAUGCGAGUCAACAAGCAUAUGGAGCGAUUGCCUAUGUUUGCAAUAAGACACAACAAUCCUUUGCAUUCUCCAAAUCACGAGUUGCCCCUUGAAAAAGGACCAAAGACUCCUUACCCUACCGCAAAUGGAACUUAUGGCAGCAACAAUUGGCACUCGCAUAGCAACCUCAAUUCUCAAUGCUUUCAAACCACUUGGUCUAACACCGAAAUGAUAUUGUGGUCCGACAGCCAAAUAGUCUUAUAUUGGCUACAUCAAUCUAAAAGCAACAGAAUCUCUUUGUUUCGAAUCGAGUCAGAGCAAUACGAGAAUUCAACCAAACAAGCACCGCAGAAUGGCGCUAUUGUCCGACACAUCCAAAUCCCGCCGACCUACUAA